AUGGCUGAUUUAACACAAAAGUUCCAUGGCCUUUUGCAACAUCCGCUGGAACCCCUGUUUCUACCCAAGAACAAUGGAAGCCUGUUCUACGAGCUGCCGGAAAGGUUUCUCACGUCUCGGUACCGCCCAAUAGGACAAAAUUUGGCCAACCGUUUCGGACCGAACUCAUCCGCUUCGACGCAAGUGAGCAACGAUACGGGCGUGCCACCAACGGUGAUUACCAUUCGUGAUCUAAAGGAACUGCCCGACUUGUCGUUCGCGUCGUGGGUUAAACGGCGUGAUCCAUUUACGCUAUUCAAUGGAGAGCAUCGGAAAGCGGCUGGAAAGCUGAUGAAGCUUUUCAUCAGUCAACCGGACCCGGAAACGUUAGUGUCCGUAGCUGCUUACGCUCGUGAUCGUCUGAAUGGGCCGAUGUUUCAGUACGCGCUGUCGGUGGCACUGUUGCAUCGUCCGGACACGAAAAACGUGCCGGUCCCGUCGAUGUUGCAUCUGUUUCCCGAUCAGUUUAUCGAUCCAGCGGCCAAUGCAAAAAUGAUGGAAGAAGGAACGAUUGUGCUGGAUGAAAACAGAAUGCCGAUUACCAUACCGGUGAACUUCACUGCAACCGACGAUGAGCCUGAACAGCGAAUGGCUUUCUUCCGUGAAGAUAUUGGUGUGAAUCUUCACCACUGGCAUUGGCACUUAACCUACCCCGGUUCCGGGCCACCCGAAGUCGUGCAAAAGGAUCGACGGGGUGAGCUGUUUUACUAUAUGCAUCAGCAGCUCCUUGCCCGCUAUCAGACGGAUCGUUUUGCCCAUGGGCUGGGACGUAUAGAACCAUUAACAAAUCUUCGAGAUCCAAUUCGCGAAGCUUACUACCCAAAACUCUUACGCUCUGCCAACAAUCGCACAUUCUGUGCACGGUAUCCCGCGAUGACACUGAGCGACGUUGUACGGAGCAGCGAUCGUACGAAUGUUCGCAUUGCUGAUAUUGAAUCUUCGAUUGCUCGUGUGCAAGAAGCGAUUGAUGCUGGAUUUGCACUUGAUCCGGAUGGAGUACGUGUCCCGCUGGAUGACGCUAGAGGUAUAGAUAUAUUGGGCAAUAUUAUCGAACGGUCAGCCCUAUCGAUCAACCGCAGUUUGUAUGGUGAUUUGCACAACGCUGGCCACGUACUGUUGGCCUACAUUCACGAUCCACGUGGCACCUAUUUGGAGUCGUUCGGUGUGAUGGGAGGAGUAGCGACCGCUAUGCGCGAUCCGAUAUUUUAUCGCUGGCACAAGUUCGUCGACAAUCUGUUCCUCAGGCACAAGACUCGUCUGCCCCCGUACUCUUCAGCCGAGCUGUCCAACGGCAACGUUACAUUGGAAUCAUUGGACACCCAACUGGAUGGAACGAGUGGCGCUGUGAAUAGUUUGAUGACGUUUCUGGAGCGUUCACAAGUUGAUCUGGGUGCUGGACUAGACUUCGGACCAACCGGAACUGCCUUCGUCAGCUUCAUCCAUCUACAGUAUGCUCCAUUCGUCUAUCGACUGCGCAUCAACUCGUCUGCUCGAGCGAAUAGACAGGAUACGGUUCGCAUCUUUUUGAUACCUCGUCUGAACGAACAGGGACGUCCCCUGACAUUUGACGAGCGUCGCACACUGGCCAUUGAACUGGAUAGCUUCCGUGUGAAUUUGCGCCCUGGUGUGAACAAUAUCGUUCGCCGGUCGGACAGCUCCAGCGUUACGAUCCCGUACGAUCGAACCUUUGGGAACGUCGUGCAGGCCAACAUGGGCAAUGUGCAAUCGCGUUUCUGUGGUUGCGGUUGGCCAGCACAUAUGCUACUACCGAGAGGGAACACGAACGGCGUGCAGUAUGAUUUGUUCGCCAUGGUCUCCCGGUUUGAGGAUGAUAACGCUGUUAGCUACGAUGAAAACGUUGGGUGUGAUGAUUCUUACUCGUUUUGUGGAUUGAGAGACCGUGUUUAUCCCAGCCGCCGUCCGAUGGGUUUCCCGUUCGAUAGAAGAGCAGCAACAAGCCUAAGAACGGUUGCCGAUUUCGUUGCACCGUUUAGAAACAUGCGGCUUGCUACAGUGACGUUGCGAUUCAUGAAUAGUGUUAUCGAUCGACCGUAUGCAAAGAUGUCCAACAACAGGAAUCUACUCGCCCUGCUGCAGCGCCCAUUGGAGCCGACCUUCUACCCAAAGGAUAACGGUAAAACCGUGGUCGAUCUGCCGGAGAACUUCCUUACCGAGCGUUACCGUCCGAUCGGUGCAUCGCUGCAGAGCCGCUUCGGAAACGAUGCCGAUACGCGCAUUCCGGUACGCAAUGUGGCACCACCGAGCAUUUCCUUUGCGGAGGCUGUACCGCGUCGUGGAGGAUUUUCGCUGUUCAACCCCAAGCACCGUCAAAUUGCGGGAGAUCUCAUCAAUCUGUUUAUGAGCCAACCGGACGUGGACACGCUGAUGAGCGUUGCGGCCUAUUCGCGAGAUCGGUUGAAUCCGAUCCUGUUCCAGUAUGCGCUGUCCGUCGCAAUUCAGCACCGCCCGGAUACGAAGGAUCUGAACAUUCCUUCGUUCUUGGAGCUGUUCCCCGACUCGUUCGUGGAUCCUUCCGUGUUUCCUAAGCUUCGAGAGGAGGGUUCCAUCGUGCAGGCGGAGAAUCGGAUGACCAUCGAUAUUCCGAUGAACUACACUGCUUCCGAUCGGGAGGAUGAGCAGCGUUUGGCUUACUUCCGUGAGGACAUCGGUGUGAAUCUCCAUCACUGGCAUUGGCAUCUGGUGUACCCGGGUGAGGGCCCAAGCAAUGUUGUCAACAAGGAUCGUCGUGGUGAGCUGUUCUACUACAUGCACCAGCAGUUGAUCGCUCGCUACAAUGUGGAACGUUUCUGCAAUCGUCUCGCACGUGUCCGUCCACUGACGAACUUGCGCGAGCCUCUGCAGGAAGGAUACUUCCCAAAGAUUAUCCGUAGCUUGAACAACCGUGCGUUCCCUCCUCGUCCGCAGAACACGAUUCUGAGGGAUAUCAACCGUGUGGACGACAGCGUUGUUUUCACGGUGAGCGAUCUCGAACGCUCUGAGGCUCGCAUUUCGGAAAGCAUUGACGGAGGAUAUGUUGUGGCCCCUGGUGGUAACCGCAUACCUCUAGAUGAGCGUACCGGUAUCGAUGUGCUGGGUAACAUUAUGGAACCGUCGGCUCUUUCCGUGAACACCCAGUACUACGGAAACUAUCAUGGAAAUUUGCACAACAUCAUUGCGUACAGCCAUGAUCCGGAUAACCGUUUCCUGGAGGGAUACGGUGUGGUGGGCGAGUUCCAGACGGCUAUGCGUGACCCAACGUUCUACCGUCUGCAUGCCCAGGUGGACAACAUGUUCCAUCGCUACAAGCGUACUCUGCAGCCAUACAAUACCAACCAGCUCAACUACAACGGUAUCCAAAUUCAAUCGCUUGGAGUACAGCUGAACCGGGCCAACGCGCCAGCAAACGUACUGCUGACGUACUGGCAACGAUCGCAGGUUGAUCUUGCCACUGGGCUGGACUUUGGACCGGAGGGUAACGUGUUUGCAUCGUUCACUCAUCUCCAACACGCACCGUUCACCUUCAGACUGACCGUUAACAACACCAGUGGAGCGGCCCGUCGUGGAACGUGUCGUAUCUUUAUUGGCCCGAAGGUGGAUGAGCGUAACACUGGUCUGACGAUGGAAGAGCAGCGACUGUUGAUGAUUGAGCUGGACAAGUUCACCGUGAACCUGAACCCUGGUACUAACAACAUUGUGCGCCGUUCGGAGCAGUCCAGCGUCACCAUUCCUUACGAGCGAACCUUCCGUCAGGUCGCUUUAUCGAACAUCAACGAACCGAGCACGGAGCAGUUCCGCUUCUGCAACUGUGGCUGGCCGCACCAUCUGCUGAUCCCGAAGGGUGCACCGGAAGGCAUGCAGUUCGAUCUGUUCGCAAUGAUCUCCAACUAUGCCGACGAUACCGUCAACCAGGAGUUCGAUGAGAACGUCAACUGCAACGAUUCGCACUCGUUCUGUGGGCUGCGUGAUCAGCUGUACCCCGAUCGUCGUCCUAUGGGUUAUCCGUUCGAUCGCCGCAUGCCAACCACCAUUAGAAGUUUGCCUGAUUUCAUCCGUGGAAACACUAACAUGGCAACGUCGCAGGUGCAGAUUCGCUUCACCAAUACCAUCAUUGCCAGAACCUAAGAAGCUUGUGGCAUGUACGAACUACGAAGAAU